GGACCAUGACAGCAGGCUUCUCCAGGGGCCCCCUUGGACCACCACGUCCUCCCAGCGCCCAGACAGAGGGGCCAUGCCUGGGGAGCAGCCCCGCCGAGCACCGCCCCCAACCAUGACCCGAGACCUGCAGCCCUGCCAAGCAGCUGGUGGUACAGGGGGCCCCUCCCAGCCCCCUGGCGAGGACGGUGCCCCGGCUAGCAGGCCCACCAAGGCCACAGGCAGCGGAGCCCAGGCUGUGGAGCCUCCAGAAACCCGGCCGUGGCAGGCUGGGGACGUGGAGCCCAAAGCCCCGCUCCUGAGAACCCAGUCCCUGAGCAGCCUCCCAGGGAAGGGAGGGGGCCCCCGGACCCCCCCGGGGAGGGGCCAUGCACAGGCCCUACCACAGCAGGCCAGCAGGGCAGACGGCAGCCCCCAGCAGCUCUACACUCUGAGCAUCUCCGGUUCAAGGGCCAGACCCACGCUGGACAAGACUACCGAGGGCCCACGGGUCGAGGACCCUGGGCCCCCAGAAGCCAAGGCCCCACCGACCCCGGAAGAGCUCAGUUUCCAAAGGUGCUUCCAGGAGACCCCCCCCAGCUUUACCUCCACCGACUAUACCUCACUGAAUGCCACCUCCGGGCUCCCGCCGCUCAGGGCCCCCCCGGGCAGCAGCGCCAGGCCCUGCAGGCCAACCACCUACUCGAGAUUCCAGGCCAGCAGGGCAGAUGCCUGGCCUCCCACUGUUGAGAACAGCUUCCCAGGUGCUAGAUUCGGGGUCCCUGCUGCCAAGCCAGAGCCUUUUCCUGAAGGGGGCAGCCCCAGGGUGGCCUCCUUCCAGUACCCCUUCCCGGCCCUGCAUGGGGCCGGCCCAAAACCCUUCCCUGAGGACGCAGAGAGGGCGCUGGGGUUUGCUUUCCGCCAGCCUAGGGGAGCAUGGCCAGAGGAGGCGGGGGGCACGGGCACGGCCUACCCCCUGCCUGCCCCACCUGCUCCCCAGCCCUCACCCUGCUACCCUGGCCGGCCUACCCUAGACCCCCCUGGUGACCUCGGUUGUGCUCCCGCACAGCCUGGUGCUGCUCACCCGGCCCCCAGCCCCUUCUCGGAGAGCACAGCCACCUUUCCGGACAGUUUGCACAAGAGCCUGACCAAAGCACUCCCUGAGAGACCACCUUCGGCCCAUGACGACAUGCUGGGGAGCCCCAGGGGGCCCCCAAACUCUCUGCCACAGAGGCACUUUCCCGGGCAGGCCUAUGGAAGCCCUGGAGCCAGCGGAGUGGGUACCAGCCCGGGGUCUCUGGACACGGAGCUGGCCACUCCAGGGCCCCUGGCCACCCGACUGCCCCAGCUAUGGGACCCUGCUGCAGCCCCUUAUCCCACACCCUCCCUGGGCCCCCCAGCCACCACCAGGAGUGCGUUCUUUGAAGGCCAGCCCAGCCUGGACCCACAUCUUGGCCUCCCCCGGAGUCCACCGCUGCCCUGGCCCCAGGUGCUCCCAGCCACCGGGCCCGGCCCCCACCGAAUGGAGGUGCUGAGCCGGCUGCCUUUCCCCCCAGGGGCCCCAGAGUGGCAGGGGGGUGGCCAGGGAGCCCUGGGCACCGCCGGCAAGACUCCCGGGCCGGGGGAGAAGCUGGCAGUGCUGAGAAACAGCCCCGGCCAGCAAGGCGGCAGCUCCCCAGGACUGUUUGCCUACAAUGGGCUGAAGGACCCCGGAGCCCAGCCCCUAUUCUAUGGGGUGGCCCAGUCCCAGGUGUCACCCCGGGCGACCCCCGGCCUGCCCCCUCCCAGGGUGGUGGGUGCCUCUCCCUGCGAGUCCCCACUGCCCUCACCUGCCACCAACACGGCCAGCAGCAGCUCCUGCUCAUCUCUGUCCCCGCUAUCCAGCAGCCCAGCCAACCCCAGCUCAGAGGAGAGCCAGCUCCCUGGCCCCCUUGGGCCCUCCACCUUCUUCCACCCUGCCACUCGCCCCCAGGAGACCAGCAGCCCCUACCCAUCCCCUGAACCCCCACACGCCAUCCCCAUGCACUAUCCGCCAGAGCCCGUCAGAGCCUUUCAGUUCCCCGCAGAGGGGCUGGGGGCCGAGGGCGCCUUCAAAUGCCUAGAGCAGGCCCCAUUCCCAGGCUCAGGCCCCAAGAUGGACAGCGGGGGGCUGGAGGACUUCCCCCAGGAGCCGCCCCCCUACCCCGCCCACCACUUCCCCCUCAGCAGUGCCAGCCUGGACCAGCUGGACGUGCUGCUCACCUGCAGGCAGUGCGACCAGAACUACAGCAGCCUGGCCGCCUUCCUGGGGCAUCGGCAGUUCUGCAGCGCGCUCCUGGCCAAGACCAAGGAUGGCCACCCACAGCCCCCGGGGCUCCCCGGCCCCACCACCACCCCCAAAGCGCCAGCCAGCGGGAACCCAAGCCCACUCAGCCAUACCAAGAUGGUCCCCUUCCUGCUAGGUGGGGACCUCCGGGCGGAAGGCAAAGAUGACCCCCUGAGGACGAGUUUCCUCCCUGGCCUGGCCACCGCCCCCUUCCCCCUCCCGGCCACCGAGCUGGACCCGGAGGAUGAUGCCAAGCUGGACAGCCUCAUCACCGAGGCGCUCAAUGGCCUGGGGUACCAGUCGGACAACCCUGAGAUCGACAGCAGCUUCAUCGACGUCUUUGCUGACGAGGAGCCCUCUGGCCCCAGAGGUCCAGGUGCCGGGCAGCCCCCCAAGACCAGGGUGGGGACCAUGCCAGAGAACAGAGCCCAGCCCCCACUCCCUGGCGAGGCCGCCCCGCCAGAGCCCCAGGGCCCCCGCCCAGGGAACGGGGGCUGCCUGGCCCGCAGCAGGCCCAAAACCCGCUCCCUGGGCCCAGCCCCCGCGCAGGCGGAUGGAGUUGGCCUGGCCAGCCAGCAGAGGAGAGGGAAGCGGUUGACGUUGUACCAGAAAGAGCUGGACACACCCAGCACCACCAGGAGCCAGAGAGGCCCCAAAGCCCCAUGCCUGAGGCCGAGGAGGAAAGGCCACGGGGCUGAGCCCACCCCGCCCCGUCCCCGGGACCUCAGAGCCCAGACCCCCAAGAGCCACGCAGAUCACGCCCGACAGGCCCUCCCGGUGGAGACCAGGAGCUCUCGGCGCCUCCGCCUCUCCCCGGGGAAGGACUCCAGGAGGAGGAAGCUGCGUGGCAGCACCUGGAGCAAGGAGCUCAUCCACAAAAUCGUGCAGCAGAAGAACAAGCGCCACAAACGGCAGGUGCGGUGCGGCCAGGGUGGGCGCCUCUCCCUGGUACCCCCCAGGCCCCCGCCUGGCAGCGCGGAGGACCGCAGCCUCGGAGAGCACCCCUGUGCCUCAGAGUCCGAGGAGGAGGAUGGCUCACGGCCGCAGGGCUCCCGCAGCAGAGGCCGGCCCCGCCAGGGCUACGGGCGGUGGCGCCGAGGGGCCAAGCAGAAGGAGGUAGAUAUGACCCCGGGUCCCCAGGAGGACGGAGGGCAGCAGAGGCCCAGUGAGGUUGUGAGGCAGGAGGCCACAACGGUUAGGGGCUCCCCGGACCCAGAGGAGAACCGUCCAGCACUGGACUCCUCCCAAGAGACCCAGAACCCCAAAACUGCUGAGGAGCUCCCUCCAGAUGCCACAGAACCUCCCAGAGGGGCUCCAGGCCCGUCUCCAGCCUCCCGUGGUGAGAGCCCCCGCCCCCCAGCCCCGGAGCAGCCAGCACCGGCCAGAGACGACCGGCAGGUGUCCCGUGGGGGCUCGCCAGCUCCGGGGGUGGACAGUCUGCUGGGUGCCUCUGCAUGCACGGAGCCAGCCAUCUCCCCCCACGGAGAGGACCCCCCUGCCUACCCGGCAGGAGAACUGCUGGUGCCUGUCCCUCCCACUGCUGACCCCACCUACCUUGAAUCUGCUGUCCUGUUUCUGAAGAGCCCUGAUCUCUGUUGUGGCCCUGCUCUCUUUAACGGAGACUCUCUGGAGGAUCCAAUGGCUAAAAAGGGGCCCCAGCCCUACAGCAGCCCCCACAGCAAAUUGUUCCUUGGACCCAAAGACCUGCCUGGCUGUUUCCAAGAAGACCUGUACUCCAAGCCCUUAGCUCUGGACACUCCGCCCACCAGCAGCAUGCACCCUCUCAAAGAUGGUGUGGGCGCCGAUUCCCUUGAGCCAAAACCACCCAGGAAUCCACCCUACACGAUCCACGCAAGCCCCAGCAAAGCUGAAUCACCGCUGACUCUGGAGUCCACGCCACUCUUCUCGGGGCUGACCGUGGACAGAUUUGACCCGCCAAUCUACAGCAGCCUACCUGGAAGUGAAGGCACCCACUCGUCGUUGGUGUGUGCCAACCCUCCCCCAAGGAAACCCCAGUUAGAGCCGCCAUACUCCCCGUUUCUGCCCGACAAGGGUUGGUCCCUGCUGGAGGAGUCCCCAGUGCUGGCCAGCCACAUGGGUCAUCUUCCUGACCUCUUGGGGGAAAAGGCAUUCAGUAGGAGGUGCCCUGGGGAAGGGGCAGGGGCCACCAGCCCUCCCUCUCUGCCUGGCAAGGUUGGCGAAUGUGGCAUCGCUUUUAUGGGCAACCUGUCCGAAGACGAGUUAGAAAUCAAAAGGCUGGUCGCUGAGUUAGAGAGUCAGCUGCAGAGUAAAGGUGUGCACGACACCCCAGAACUGCUGUGCACGGCUGGGCACGCAGGCAGGACGCACACGGGCACUGACGCCCCUCUGCCCACGCAUCAGGCUGCCUCGCCUCCCAGGGACUCAUUCCCUGAGGCCGACCUCACCGGCCUUGGGGAGUCAACUCCACACCCAGAAGGGGCAGAAGCAGCAGCGGCCACCAUGGCAAGGGCUUCGAGGAGCACCCAGGAGGAGUGGCCCUCACCCCACCCAGGGGAGACAUCCCCCUCCGCCCAUGCGCGUGCAGAUGGGGCAUCUGGGGCCCUUGUAAAUCUCAGUGGGGCUGACUGCAGCUUCCAGGAAGAGUCGAGAGCCAGAGUCUCCGAGACAGGCCCCCCCAAGGCUGAAGGGGACUGCAGGGUCCACCCAGAAGUCUCUCUGCCCAGCUCUAGAGAGCUCUUUAAGCCUCCACUGGACAUGAGGAGCUUAGCAAAGUGCAGCCCCAACCGAGAGCCUUUACUUCCCAAAAAUAACAGAGCCUCCAAGAUGCGGCAAAGCACGGUCCUGCUCCUUCCCGGCACGCGGACAGGUGGGCCCCUCCAAGAGCCCCGUGAGCUGGAAGCGUUCAGCAGCCCACUUGCCCAGCUGGCACCCGACUUGGCACUUCGGGGUGCCGGGGUUCUGCCUCCAGCUGCCACCCCCUCUUGUGGUACCAGUCAUAACGAUGUCCCCCAAGGAUACUCUGUAAGCAGAGCAGGCCAGCCAGAAAAAGCUGGCCUCCCCCACUCUGGGGCGGGAGACAUAGGCCUCAAGGGUAAUGAGGAGUCUGUACCAGUGGGGGCCUCCCCAGGUCCUGCCUGUGUGCCCCACACCAGUCCUGGCAGGAAGCCCCAGGACCCAGCCACAAGCCCCCUGCGUCAGCUCCAGCUCCUGGUGGCCAGAGCAGCUGGGAGGGAGGAGGGUGCUGACACCCAGAGCCCUCGACACAAUGAGUCCUCAGACCUGGAAGGGGACAGCGUGGAAGGUGGGGAUCUACCCUACAGCCCCACCCAGGAUGUCCCUACAGCAGCCCGAGGUCAGUUGGAGCCUGAGGCUGAUGGACACCUGGACUCUGUCGGCCAAGCUGAGAUGCCCAAGGGCCAGGGCAGAGUCACGGUCAGUGUCAAGGCUGAAGCAGCACUGGCCAAGCUGGCCGGGGAUGCAGACCAGCUAGGGGGGCAGCUCCAGGCAAACGGGGUGGUCUUGGGCCUUCAAAAAGAGGACUGGGCCACCCCAAGCCCUGCCUCCUCUGAUGCAGAAUCCUUGGUACCGGCCUUGGUGGUAGCCCACGUCCAAAAUGGGCCUGAAGCCCAGACUGCAGAGGGGGCAGCCAGCCCAGGCCUUGAGAAGCAGCUGCUGCUGGCCGGAGAGAGCCCUGCACCCCCCAUCAGAGGCCCAACCAUUGGGACCCGCUCACCCACUUUUGCAGCCUCUCCCAUCCCCUGCGGCCCAGAGCACCUGCCCCAGGAAGACCCUUCAGGCGAGCUGAGGGGGCUGCUCCCAGCACCUUCACCCUGCAGGGACCCCAGCAGCCUGCGGCUCCCACCAGCCCCCUCUCCUGCCUGGCAGCCUCCUCAAAGGGCUAAUUGCACCCCAGCCACCACAGAGGCCGGGGCUAUGCGACCUCUGGCAGCUCCCCCAUCUCCAAAGACAAGCCCCGGUGGCUUCAAAGGAAGCCUGGUUCACCACCCUCUCCUGGGGGACCACAGGCCCCUGGAAGACCCUCCUUCGGGCCAGACUGGCUUCAUCAGUAUCUUCACUCCUGCCCAUGGGGAGGACCACCCUGAAGGCAGCACAUCAGGACCUCUAGAGGGUUCCAGAAAAGAGAAGCCAAGGAGAUCACCUGCAUCUACCACCCACUCUCCCCCACUGAGGGCCAGCUCCCCGAGAGUGACCAUGGGAGCCACUACCCUGCCUGACAUGUCUGCCACCGAUGACAUGGGGGCAGCCAGAGGCCCCAAUGUCGAUCCUCCAGACCGCCGCUGCAGGGGAGCUCCACCCAAUGCCAGCCCCAACAGGCUGCCCAUGGGCUCUGCCUCCUCAGACCUUUCAGGCAGCAGAAAAGGCCAGGGUGUCAUCGCUGUGCCCACCGACCCUUCCACAUGGGGGACCCCAGGGCCAGGUUCCUAUGCCUGCCCAGAAGGCAUGGCGGGGGCCGGCCGCUCUGGUGCCAUGAAGGCCACUGGAGCUGCCAGCAGGGCCCCAGCUGCCACCUGCCCGUCCACGGAGCUCCGCGGGGGCAGAGCCACAUCUCCCGGGAGCACAGCCAGUGUCUCCAGACCCAGCUCCCCUCAGAGCCUCAGAACUGCUCACCACACCCCUCAAAGGGACCCCGUCAGUCCCCAGGGCACCCCACAGAAGCCCAUGUCCCCAGGAAAUGCCCCCCAGAAGGACCAAGCCCCCAGCAGGCGGCUCGUGACUUGUGAUGUGUGUGCAGCCUCCUUCCGCUCGGGGCCGGGCCUGAGCCGCCACAAAGCCCGGAAGCAUGGGCCACGCCAGGGUGCUACCACCCAGCCCAGCCCACCGGACCCUCGGGCUCCCCGGCCCCGGGCCUGCCACACCCCUGGGAAGAAACGCCGCAGGGCACCUGGGAAGGAGAAGCUGAGGCAGGAGCCGAGUGGCCCCAGACGAGCUCUCAGGACGCCUCCUGAUCAGGCCACAGAGGCUCCUGAGGAUGCAUUGGGUCCUCAGAAGGCCCAAGGACUCGGUGUGGGGGACAUACAAGGCUGUUCCCCCAGGGGGGAUCCACGCCUCCCAGGCCCAGGCGAGCCAGGAGUGGACAGGAGGCCUGCGGAGCCCAGGAAGCAGGGCCGGUUGGUGAGGGACAAGUGCGGUCCCAAACAGGCAGAGAAAGGAGGGGGCCAGAGGCGGGGCAGGGCGCCCACGGACGUCCCCAGCAAGUCGGAGGGGAAAUCGCAGGAAAAGGUGAGAAAACCGAGACCAAGAAGGUUCCAGCAGGCAAGUGGUCCUCCAGUCUGUCUGGGUGAGAUUUCUGACAGAAACCACUGGGAUCCGUCCACUGCGAUGGCCAGUCCCCCAGGGCCUCUGGGCAGCCACCUCUCGACGGGAGCCGAGCUAGACGCCGACGCCACCAGACCCAGGGUGAUGGAGAACACAGGGGGCACAGAUGCAGAGGAGACGCCAGCACAGAGGUCACCCCGGGAUUGGAUGGCUUGUCCUGAGGGGAUGGAGUGGGUGCCUCCUGGGGACGGGCCCAGGGGACAGAACACAGCCUCGGCCAGGGGGUGCUGCGGACCCAGGGAGACCAGCAUGUUGGACAUCUGUGCAGAGCCGUCGAGGACAGCCAGGGCUGAGCCCGCAGGGGCCAGCAGAGCAGGAGAGAGCGGGUCAGGGCAAGGAGCCCAGGAGGGGCACGGGCCCCCCUCGCACCCCCCAGGCCCUCAUGAGACCUGCACAUCUGGCGGCACCAGUAGCAGCUUCCCCCAGGGCCCAUUACAAGACCCAGAGGCACAGGCCGGGGUCCAGGAGCAGGAGGGCACUGGUCCUGAUGCCCCCGGCCCGAGUCUUGGAAACCCUCUGAGCAUGUUUGAUGAUGAAGCCUCCUUUUCGAAGCUCUUCCCUCUGGGCGACCGCCUGACUCGGAAGAAGAACCCCCGUGUCUACGGAAAGCGCUGUAAAAAGCCAAAGGCGCCACCACCACUGGAGCUCCAUGGCAAGGUGGAGGGCAGCAUGGUGCUGGCCUCUGCCCGCUUGCCCACAGACCUCAGCGACUCGGGCUCACUCUGCCUCUCUCUCAAGGACCCGUGGGGUGAUGAGGCCACAGGUCUGCCGGAGUCCUUUCUCCUGGAGGGCUUCCUGAGCAGCAAAGUGCCCGGCAUUGACCCCUGGGCCCCCAGCCCAAGCCUGUGGGCCCUGGAGCCCAACCCAGAGGCAGACUGCACAGAGGACCACCGGUCAGAGAACAUUCCUGAGCUGCACAUGGUCCCGGCAUCAUGGCGAGACCUGGAGCUACAGGCCCCUGCUGAAGAGAUGGCCUCCUCUCUAGGAGACGUGAGCCCAGAGCCCCCCGACCUGGAGCAGGAGCGAUAUGACAGCGGACUGCCCAGGAAUGCCGUGGAUCUUGAGAUACUCAGUGCCAAACUGGAGAUGCAAGACCUGUGCUUCUUGGGACCCUGUGACGAUCCUGUGGGUGUUCCCAGCACAAGCUUCUUAGACUUUGGGGCCGCAGUGACCUCCCGGGGACCACAGAGCAAAAGGGCACAGGAUGCGCCUAGGGCAAGAGAGGAACCAGGCCGGGACCGGCACACCAAGGCCAGGAGGGCAUCGUACAAGUGCAAGGUGUGCUUCCAGCGCUUCCGCGGCCUGGGUGAGCUGGACCUCCACAAGCUGGCCCACAGCCCCUCGCCACCGCCCACCUGCUACAUGUGCGUGGAGCGCAGAUUCGGCUCCCGAGAGCUGCUGCGGGAGCACCUGCAGGAGAAGCACGUGCAGAGCAAGGCGGGUCGCUGGGCUUGCGGCAUGUGCCUGAGGGAGGUCACCGACGUCUGGAUGUACAAUGAGCAUCUUCGGGAGCAUGCCCUGCAGUUUGCCCGCAAGGGGCAGGCACGAAGGUCCCUGGGGCACUGGGAGGGGGACAGGACCGUCACACACUUCCUGGGCAGCAUCAUGGGACAUGCGUCCAGACCCAGUGGGGACAAACGCUCAACUGGCAAGUCAAAUGGGGGCCCCAUAGAGGCAUUGGGGCAACAGACAGGAGCUGGGAAGGAAUUCCAGAGGGAGAGGGUGAAGCCCAAGGCCCCUGCCAACACCUCAAACCCAGACGGCACCCUGACACCAGGCGGGGCUUUGGCCGCCAGCAGCCCGAUGGCCUGCAGGAACCCCACUGUUCCCAGCGGCUCCACCAAGAAGCCCCCCAGCCUGUCCCCGGAGCCCUGCCCUGGCAGCGAGCAGCUCCUCCAAUCUAUCCCCAUGCACGAGGGCUGCAAAGACCCCUCCCGUGAUUGCCACCACUGCGGGAAGCGGUUCCCCAAGCCCUUCAAACUGCAGCGCCACCUGGCGGUGCACAGCCCUCAGCGUGUCUACCUGUGCCCCCAGUGCCCACGGGUCUACUCUGAGCACAGCGAGCUGCGAGCACACCUGGGGGAGGCGCACGGGGUGAGGGAGGAGCUGGAGCUGCCGCACACCCCGCUGUAUGCCUGCGAGCUCUGUGCCAACGUCACGCACAUCAGCAGGCGGUCCUUCGUCUGCAGCUCCUGCAACUACACCUUCGCCAAGAAAGAGCAGUUUGACCGGCACAUGGACAAGCAUCUGAGGAAGGGGCAGCAGCCCUUCACGUUCCGUGGCGUUCGCAGGCCUGGCGCACCCGGGCAGAAGGCCCCGACCCGCGAGGGCACACUGCCCAGCAAACGGCGCAGGGUGGCCGCACCCAGCAGCCCCCCCAGGCCUGGUGCCAAUGGGCUUUUGUCCUGGGGCAGCAGCCCCACCCAGAGCGAGGGGUCACUCCCGGGCCUGCUGCAGCCCUGCCCGGAGGCGGCUCCUGGCGCCACCAAAAGGCAGCCCAGGACCCCGGAGAAGCCUGUGGAUCCUGUGGGCCACCUGGUCACAGGUGGCGAUGUGCCCUCUGACUUCCAGGAGCUCCUGCCCCCGGCUCUGUCUCCUUUCCCCGCAGCCUCCGCUGAUGGCCAAGGUGGCCGCAAGCCGGAUGGAGCCCUGGGGAAGUCUGAGGGUGAAGCUUCUCCAGGCAGCCCCCGGCCUCUUCUGCAACAGGCUCUCCCACUGGGGGGUGCUGUGCCCCGGCCAGGAGCCAGAGGCCAAGAUGUAGAAGAAAAGAGGGCUACUGGCCCAUUCUCAGGGAAACGCAGGACCCCAAGUGCCCCUGGCAGGUGCGCCCCUGACCGCUGCCUGGAAGCCCCCUCCUUGCUCCAGAAGGAGAAGCAGGUGUCCACAUGCCACAUGGUGCCUGAGGGAGGUCCAGGGGCCCCCUCCCACAAGGGCAGUGCCAUCAAGCAUUGGGGCUGCCGGAGUUCGUCAAAGGAUGGGUCAGUUCUGUCCACACCCAGCAAAGCUCCCAGGUUCCCGCUGCAACCCAAGAAGGCUGUGGCCAGUCCGACACCCAGAGAGCCAGUCCACGGCACUGAGGACAGGCCAAAGCCCAUCACCCUCAAAGCCAAGCCGAGCCCCAGCUCCCAGGGUGGUGGAGGCCCACGGCACAGCACCAAGAUAGGUGGCAGCCAGGCCCAGCCAGCCAGCGGGCAGCUCCAGAGUGAGACAGCCACCACCCCAGCCAAGCUCAACUGCCCAAGCCAGGGCUCCACCCCAGACAAGCACCCCCCUCGAGCCAAGGGCUCUCCCAAGGGGCCAAAGGAAGCUGGUGACCAGGAGCCCCGAGGAAACCUGGGCACCAGGGAGAAUGAGGAAGUCAGCGAGAAGAAGAGGAAGGGCCGGGCCCCAGGGUCAAGCAGGAUCGAGAGUGUGGGGGGCUUGGGGAGAGCCCACCUGGUCCCUGACAAGCCUCACCGGGCCCCCCGAAAGCAGGCAACACCUAGCCGUGUGCUCCCCACCAAGGCCAGGCCAGGUAGCCAGAAUGGCACAAUGCCACCCCAGCCCUCGGGGCCCGGACACGCCCACGGGGACUGCAGACGUGGCAAGGAGGGGCAGGGCAAGGUCUGCCCCCAGGGGAGACCCCUGCAGAGGCCUUCCAAGAGGGACAGGGCUGUCCACAGUGCUGAACCUGCCCAUUCGCGUGCCUGCAGGACCGCCGCGUCCCAGAGUGACCUGCUCAGCCAGCUCUUUGGGCAGAAACUGACCAGCUUCAAGAUCCCUUUAAGGAAGGACCCUCCUGAGUAAUUUGUAGAUGCAAGUGAGUGCCUGGGAGCAGGGCUUGGAACGACCCGGUGAGAGGGGGCUCCUGUCCAUGCUGAUGGGCCUCCGUCCUCUGAGAGUAUUGGGUGGCAGCCACAUGGUAACCCGCUUGACUUCUGCAAGCGCCAGGUGGCUGGGAUUGGGGCUGAGACUGUGACACUUCAAGUAGGGCGCAGGGUGGACAACAGUCUCUCUCUAGAUGGAAGCUGAGGGUGAGUCCCUUCAACACCACGCAGCUCUUUCCUCGAGGCCAAGAACUGGAAGAGGGAGCCACCCACCCCAUGUGCCCCAUUGCCCAGGUGCAGUACGCCACGGACGCUCCACCUGAGGGUUUGCACGGGGUCACCCUCCCCCCUCCCCAAGUCACCUAGCAGGGAAGGGAGCCCAGGCCACCAGUCACCGCUUCCAGUCAGGUGCUGGCUGGUGGCCCUGAGUGUUGUUGCUGCUGUGCUGGAAUCCCAUUGACACCGCAUGUGGGGGCAGGGCUAUACCCUGGAAGAGUUGAUUGUGAGCCCCCCCCGUGGCCCCAAAGCGCACCAGGCCUGGCGGUGGCCACUGUCUGUGCUGCUGAUGGAAACGCUCAUGCACCUCGACCCCUGGGGAUGUAGAGAAAGCUGCUCGCCAGCCAGCUCCCUCCGGCUCUCCCUCCCCAGCCCCCUGCCUCUGCCGAAGCCCUUUCUAGAGCCUUCUUCCCACAAGGAGCUCUCCGCUGCAAGUAUCAGCAAUUUUACUCUGAAUUUCUGGUGCUAUUUCAUGUUGUAAUGUGAAUUCAGGCUUCCUUGGUGUGUUUUACCUGGGGGAUUGGGCGGGGAGACCGGCCGGGGAGGCGCCGCACCACGGGCCCACCAACGCGGGCGGCCCAACAAGUCUUUCACUGGCUCCCCGGCUGCUGGCAGGCUCCAGUCCCAUGGUCUGGUCGCGGUCUCGAUCCACCACGGUCAGAGCUGCCAAGUGGGACACUGCGGCCGGGGCAUGGCGCUGCCGCCCAGUCAGGGAGGCAUCUCGUGCACUGACAUGACCCAGGGGUCGGCGCGCAUGUCCUGUUUAUGGAAUCGUGUCUUCAAAGGGGGCAGGAGGGUAGAAAAGGCUUCCUUCUGUUCUUAGGUAUCUCUGAGGUUCGUGGUUUGUGUCGUUCUGUUGUUGUUUUAUUUUCUUUUUUACCUUGGGUGCAAUGUGUGUGUCAAAGUUUUUAUUUUGAUAUUUUGAAAGAGACCAAAUUGGGCCCAAAUUGCCUUUCUAGAAGGUGCUGUGUGCCACUCAGAAUGCCUUUAGUGCUGAUGAAUAAAACACGGGGACUCUGAGGUUGUACUGUGCAAAUCAUAGUGAACUCAACCUGUCAAAUAUAUCCUCACUAU